AUGAGACGUCGAAGCCACAGCACAAGUAAUGCCAUCUGGAAGUACAUUCUCUUUGUGUGUGUGGUUUUCGCUGUACUCUACCGCACAUACAUCGGUGUCAGGACCCACUCGAUUAGGAUUGACUACAACGGUCUCCCGAACGUUGUUUCCUCGGCAGAUUCUGGUACUGACGACUUCACCGAGGAAGAUACGCUUCUGCGCGACAUACCUAACAUAACUACGCAACAAUGGCAAACGUAUGACUUCCUGAUUGUUCUUGGCAUCCCAUCGAUAGACAUCGAUGCGCGGCAGAGGCGCCGUUAUCUGCAGCGGUCGACGUGUUGGCGGUUCCCCGGUGUGGCGACGAGAGCAAACAACUUCACUGGUGCGAUGCUGGUGCUGUACGUACUGGCGCGGCACCCGUCGCACAACUUCACGUACUCCACGGGGCUGGAGGCGGAGGCGGAGCAGUGGCACGAUGUGAUUGCGCUGCCGAUGAAUGAUGGGCGCCCGUCGACCAGCAAAAAAGUCGGUGGUGAUGGCAAAUGGGGACUGGAGGCUGAGAUCGGGCUGAGCCGCAAGACGUUCUUUUGGUUCGAGCUGGCGCUGCGGCUGUUCCCGAAUGCGAGCUACAUCGCGAAGGGUGACGACGACAUGUUCCUGCGCGUGCCGCAGUACCUCGCCGACCUGCGCACGCUGCCGCGCAAAGGGCUGUACUGGGGUCCUGUUGGAUAUUAUUCUGUAGGGAGUGCGCGGGCAAAACUAAGCUUCCGUUUCAUCGUUGGUUUCUGCAUGACGCUGGCGAGGGAUGUUGUAUGGAAGUUUGUGUCGUAUAGGCCUCUGCAGCGCUUAGCCCGACUGCCCUACACCAGUCAGCGACUGCUGGAGUACCAGGCGUUGAAUAUGAACAGCGAA